AUGCUUUUCCUCCGUCGACAAUACGCGACCUCGUUCCGCUCUCGCCAUUAUGUGCCUAAGAAGACGAAUGAAAAGCCUAAAACUCUCCAUCCGCUCGAGCCCCAUGUCCUUUCUGGCCGACUCAAAAAGCUUGCAGACAAGAACCAGCUCGAUGUCGCCGUUUCCAUGUUGAAAAACGCUCCAUUGGCUGCACAAAACACGCCGGUGUGGAAUACGCUGAUAUGGGAGUGCUCCAAGGCCCGUAGAUUCAAGCUUGCCUACGAGCUUUUCACCGACAUGAAGCGCCGAGGGUUCAGUGCCACUACAAGGACAUUCCAAACGAUGUUUACUGGCCUGUCACACAUUGAAGACUGGUCAACCCAUCAACAACAACUUAAAAACGCCCGUUCGUUGUAUAGCGCCUACCAAAGGCACGCCGAAGAUCUCAAGAAACGUGAUCCACGCAACGCGGAACUUGAGAUAGACCCAUUACCAGCCUACGCGACUAUCCUAGGCAAUGCUGAGCAAUUUGACGAGCUUUUCGCCCUGUACUAUGUCAUAACCAAAAACGGACCUCCAACCAAGUUCUUAAUGACUGCAAUCUUCCGGGCCCUGUCCAGCGACAAAGCAUCACCCGAGCAAAGCCAGAAAAAUGCGGAGGAUGCAAGGGUUCUGUGGCGAGAGAUGCUCAAAUUUCCCAAGCUUGACGUCGACGGAGCUCUGGUCACCUCUGCAGUUCUUGCACUAUCUAAAGGACAACUGGCGGAGGAGAAACUUGCCUUUCAGCUUUUAAGGGAGCAUUUUGGGCUCAGUUUGUCUGGCGAGCCCCGUGCAUCGUCAAAACUUGCCUUGACUCCACCAAGUCUUGCUGCCGCGCUGUCCUUAUGCUUCAACCGCGAAAAACCACAAGAGGCAAUCCAUUUUUUCCACCAAGUCCUCAAAAGACCAGGAGUCGAUGGCGGGGCCGACAUCAUUGACCGUGGACACAUGGAAAUCGUGUUUAAAGCAAUCCAGUCUACGGGUUCUGCUCGGCUUGCUUUGGAGACUCUCGAUUGGAUGUCAACCCAGAGGUCGUCGCGCAACGGUGUAAGACUGGAGCCCACACGCUGGAUAUAUAUCCUCGUUCUGCUCACGUGCCAGAAGGCGGCGGACUGGACUAUCGCAACGCGGGUUUUCAACAUGAUGACGGGCUACCAUUGUCAUGAUUUCAUGGAUGGCGCUGUCUCUUCUGCUCCUCGACAAAGCCGGCGACCUGACGCCUUUGGGCCAGAUCCGGAAACCAUGUCUGCCAUGCUGCGAGUCGCCCGCUCCACCGAGAAUGGCGCCAACAUGCGGCAAUGUUUGCGUCUGGUCAAUUAUCUCGACUCGGUUGGCGAGGGCCUGUUUAUCCGAAAGUCGAGGAACUUGCCGGAAAGCACGCGCACUCUCAAGAAGUGGGCCUUCGACGUGGUGAAAAUGUCUGAGGCUGUCGUCGAAACAGUCGACUGGGUGAAUGCCAACAGUAGAUCAACAAGCGAUGUUGAGACUACGAGAUGGUCUCAUUUACGACGCGUUUCUCUGGGUAUUCUUUCCCAGAAGUCCCAAAGCAGGGAGGGGGACGGAGACUGGCGCGUUCGAAAGCUUUCAAGGUCUGAUCGUAGACUUGCUUUGAGGCCGUCAACGCGGGAGAAGACGCGGCCAUUAACAAGCUAUGAAAAAGGGUUUGGAUCAUAA